ACCGGGAGCUGUAGUUCACAGGUUUUUGGCGGUGGGCGGCCUCUGACCGAAAUCGGGCCUCAACCGGAUGGCGGUGGCGAGGCACGGCUGCCGGCCCUGGGGCUCGAUUCUCGGGCUGCUCGGGCUGGCCUUGGCUGCCGCCGCCGCCUGGGACGUGACUUCUCUGCGCUGCAGCUUCGGCUCGUUCUGCGAAUGCGACUUCUGGCCCGACUUGCCGGGUCUGGAAUGUGACCUGGCUCAACACCUGGCUGGCCAGCAUUUGGCCAAGGCCCUGGUGGUGAAGUCACUGAAGGCCUUUGUACAGGACCCAGCCCCCAGCAAGCCAUUGGUCCUCUCCCUGCACGGUUGGACAGGCACCGGGAAGUCCUACGUUAGCUCCCUGCUGGCGAAGUAUCUCUUCCGGGGCGGCCUUCGCAGCCCUCACGUCCAUCACUUCUCCCCCAUCAUCCAUUUCCCACAUCCCAGUCACACUGAGCAGUACAAGAAGGCGCUCAAGAGCUGGGUCCAGGGGAACCUCACUGCCUGCGGCCGAUCUCUCUUCCUCUUUGAUGAGAUGGACAAAAUGCCCCCUGGCCUGAUGGAAGUCCUGCAGCCCUUCCUGGGCCCUUCUUGGGUUGUAUAUGGGACCAACUAUCGCAAAGCUAUCUUCAUCUUUAUCAGCAAUACUGGUGGUGAGCAGAUCAACCAGCUGGCCCUGGAGGCGUGGCGAAGCCGCAGGGAGAGGGAAGAAAUCAGCCUUCAGGAGGUGGAGCCAGCAGUCUCCCAGGCUGUGCUGGACAGCCCUCACCAUGGCUUCUGGCGGUCAGGCAUCAUGGAAGAACACCUGCUGGAUGCUGUGGUGCCCUUCCUCCCACUCCAGCGGCAUCAUGUGCGCCUCUGUGUGCUCAGUGAGCUGGCUCAGCUGGGCCUGGAGCCCCGUGAGGAGGUGGUCCAAGCUGUGCUGGACAGUACCACCUACUUCCCUGAGGAAGAACAGCUCUUCUCCUCCAAUGGCUGCAAGACAGUGACCUCCCGGAUCACCUUUUUCCUCUGAGAACCCUAGGUGGCGUCACUGCCUCCUCUGCCUAGACAGAACAAACAAGAAAGCCUGGCUGUCUCCUGGAAGAAUUCUUUCCUAAGCUGGCUGGCAAGUGGGACCCAGAGCACAAAGUUAAGAUGAAGAAAGAAAGGUGUUGGCCAGGCCAAGGAAGAAAUGUCUAGAAGCAUCUUUUCCGGGAAAUUCCUGGGUACCCCAGAACCUCACAGCCUUGCCCUUGCCCUGCAGUCUGAGCCUGGGCCUUCUCAAUGUGAACGGCAACUCAGGGACGAAGGCUCGUGGCUACUUCCAGCUGGGAGCUCUUUUACUGGCAUGCCUUGUCUGGCUCCUUUCCCAGAUCUCAGUUCACAGCUUGUGGCUGGACCUGGCAUUCCAGCUAGGCCAGGCUAAUACCUCGCAGUUUCACCAAAUGGAAGGACUCAAGCUGCUGCCUGGGCCUGGAUUUCAAAGUUUUUAAUUUUGUACAAGAAGAGAACAGAGAUAAUAAACUUAGCCAUGGUAUCAGAA